AUGCAACCUGGAUCCACGCGAGAGCUCGGCGCGCAUGAGCUUGCAAGCAGGAUAGCGCCAGGCAGAUACCGCACAUGCGUCACUGGAGGACGAGGUCUGGCGGUUUUUGGGGAGGCAUUGGAUACACCGGGACUCUGCGGCCAGAUCAAGGCUAUUGCCUCGGGAGCCUUCCAUGUCUGUAUCUUGUAUGAGAACGGGACUUUGCAGUGCUACGGAAGCAAUGGCUGCCAACAAUGUUCUGUUCCUGCAGAUUUGCGAGACGUGGCUAUGGUUGCAACAGGGGAUCAGCACACAUGCGCCGUCACCUCCGCCGGUGGACUUGUUUGCUUUGGGGAGGAUCACGCUGGACAGUGCAAGGUUCCGGCCGACUUGGAUGCUGUUUGCUUCGUGAGCGCAGGGACCUUCCACACAUGCGCUGUAACAAUAGACAGGCGAUUGGUAUGCUUUGGGAGCAAUCGAUUUGGACAGUGUGAGGUUCCAGAGUUUGCACAGGUAGGUACCGUCGCAGCUGUUGCAGCCGGAGGCAAGCACACGUGCGUCAUUGAGAACGGAAGCAAGCUAUUGAAGUGCUUUGGCGACAACACCUACGGCCAGUGUAGUGUUCCAGACGACUUGGGCCCGGUGCUGAUGGUUUCUGCAGGACUCCGCCACACCUGCGCAGUAACGGAAAACCAAAGGCUCGUCUGUUUCGGGGACGACUGCUUUGGCCAGUGCACUCCUCCGAAGGGGCUCGGUGCAGCAGGUGCAGUGGCUGCAGUCCAGGCAGGAGCCUACCACACGUGUGCCGUGCGACCAGAUGGCUCUGUGGUAGCCUUUGGGUUCAACUCAGCCGGACAAUGCAAUGUGGCAAUGCGCCUGAGAGGGUUGAGAAUUGGCCACCUGGACGGCUUUGUUACAGUUGACAGUGGUUGA